AUCGUGGUGAGAACUUUUGGGACAAACGCGAAUACCAUCAGUGUAACAUUCUUCCUCAUAACUCAAACCUGUGAAAUCAACCCUCCCUGGAAGAAUGUUGAGAGCUUAUAAUAACCUACCAUCAAUAGCUUCCCCAGCCAUCAGCAUCUGUGCUCUUAAACUCUCCCUUCGUCAAGCCCUUAAUUCCACUUCUUCAUCUUCAUCCAGGAGAAUCUCCACCACAUUUCCCCUUUUAUCCCAAACCUUUACUUCUUCGACAUCUUUUUUGGGUUUAAAAAGGGUCAUGCGCAUGAGGAAUCGUCCACCUCUAAGAGCCUCAGCAUCUUAUAGUACUGGGAAUAGUCAUGAUGUUGGUAGAGAAAUAUUGGUGCAGCACCUGCUCCUUAAAGAAGAGGAUAAAAAUAUUUUCUUGGAGCUGCAGAAAAGACUUGUACAAGGGGAGGAUCUAAGCGACUUGGCUGUAGAAUAUUCAAUUUGUCCAUCAAAGGAGGAAGGUGGUAUGCUUGGUUGGGUGAGAAAGGGGCAAAUGGUGCCAGAGUUUGAGGAAGCUGCAUUUAAUGCUCCUGUAAACAAAGUUGUAAAAUGUAAAACCCAAUUCGGAUGGCAUUUAUUGCAAGUUCUAUCAGAGAGGGAAGAAUCAGUACUUCAAGACAUUCAACCCGAAGAACUUCAUACAAAGUUGCAAGAUCCUGAUUUCCUUGAAGAUGCUCAAUUCAUUGAUGUUCGAGAACCACAUGAAGUGGAGCGAGCUUAUUUAUCGGGAUUUCAAGUUCUUCCUCUCCAGCAGUUUGGAAGCUGGGGACCAGAAGUCACUACGAAGCUAGAUCCUCAGAAGGAUACUUAUGUUUUGUGUCAUCAUGGAGUGCGGUCGUUGCAAGUUGCCAAAUGGUUGCAGACACAGUAUCUAACGAAUUGUGGUAUGAAGGGGUUUAGGAAAAUAUACAACAUUUCUGGUGGAAUCCAUGCAUAUGCAGUCAAGGCUGAUCCCUCGAUACCCACAUACUGAGCACCAAGCAGAUUGCUGCUUACCUUUCUGUGACUUUUGAUGGGGUGGUUGUGCUUAAGAAACAAGAGACUCUUAAACUAGCCAAGGUGAAUUUACAUUUCAAGUAGCUGUUGCUACUUUAAUAUCCACUCACAAAAUUCUUUAAUGUUGUUUCUUCGUUCUUUCUUCGGUAGUUGUCAGUUUCGUGAUUCCGGUGCUUCUACUUUACAUGUGUUUUUGCACACACUUGUAUGUUAUUAUGUUACUAUCUUCUCAACUGCCUCCUUGUAAUUUUGUUUUCUUUGGAAGUUGAAACCACCUCUCUACAGUUGUUCU